AUGUUCCUUCUGAUGAAAAACGCCAUACCAUGCUCUCCAAAAAAAGACCAGGAUGCAAGCACCCACAAAAGAAAAGGGACAGUUCUCUUAAUAAUAACAUGCAUAGUCUCACAGCCUUCUGUCGAUCCGGUUGAGUUUGAUCGCCGUUUUGAUCUGCAGGGUGAAAGGGCACUCAUGUUAGUGGUCCAUCUGAAUAAUAAUGGAAAUAACCCAGUUCUGCAUGUUCUUUUCACUCACCUGGCUCCUUGUAUUCUGUCCCCGCACAGGCAAUCCCAAGGCGUGUCUCCGUCCACGGUAUGUUCCGAUAUCCUUAAGCCGCUUGAUGUUGUUGAGGACUUCUCGGCGGAGAUCGUUCUCGAUCUUCAUCUCAGAAAGAGCUGCGGUAAGGUCGAGGACUUGCUGAUUAGCCAGUUCCCCGACUUUGCAGGUGUCAUGGAUGUGAAAGCGCGCCAUGAGACGGGCGGAGACGCUGGGACCAACGCCGAAGAAAGACUCGAGGGACUUCUGUAUAUCAACGAAAAAUGUUAG